AUGAUAUCGAUACCCCAAACUACCAGCUUCAUACUCGCGUUAGCGACACUACUAGAGACUGCACUAGCAUCAGACAAUGGCCUCGCUCUCACGCCUCAAAUGGGCUGGAACACAUGGAACACCUUCGCCUGCAACAUAAACGAGGACACGAUCCUCGGAGCCGCAAAGGCUCUCAAGAAACUCAAACUCGAUGAAUACGGUUAUCAUUAUGUUGUAAUGGAUGAUUGUUGGUCAUUACAUCAGCGAAAUGCUACAGGAUAUCUCCAAUACGACCCUGUCAAGUUUCCAAAAGGAAUCAAACACUUGGCAGACGAAAUUCACGCGUUGGGACUUGGAUUCGGGAUGUACUCUUCCGCUGGAAGAUACACUUGCGGCCGAUACCCCGGUAGUCUUAACUUCGAAGAGAAAGACGCGGAUUUGUUCGCUGAAUGGGAGGUCGAUUAUCUGAAAUAUGAUAAUUGCCAUAAUGAGGGGCAAAGCGGUACACCAUUGAUAAGCUACAACAGAUAUGAAGUCAUGAGUAGGGCGUUGAAUAAAACCGGAAGGCCGAUAUUAUACAGCAUGUGCAAUUGGGGUGAAGAUUCGCCAUGGGAUUGGGCGCCCACGAUCGCGAACAGCUGGCGUAUGAGUGGAGAUAUUGUCAAUGUCUUCGAUAGAUAUGAUGAUCGUUGCCCUUGUGAUGACUACAUCUGCAGACUACCGGGCCAUCACUGCUCUAUCAUGAACAUCAUCAAUAAAGCAGCACCACUGGGCCAAAAAGCACAUACUGGAGCAUGGAAUGAUUUGGAUAUGUUGGAAAUCGGGAACGAUAACCUAGACUACGAAGAACAGAAGUUGCACUUCUCAAUCUGGGCUAUGGUUAAAAGCCCUCUCAUCAUGGGGCAUGACAUCAUGCAUACUUCAAAGCAGACACUAGAGAUCCUCACGAACAAAGAUAUCAUUGACCUAAGCCAAGGAAACUGGGGCGUGGCGUAUCGAUCCUACAAAAAGGAACAUUCACAGCUGUGGCUUCAGGACUCAAAAGACAAGAGUGGGAAUAUUGUCGUUGCUCUCAUAAACAACGGGGAUAAAGACGACGAUUUUAGCAUUCAUUUCGAAGAUAUCUUUCUGGAUGAAUGGGAUAGAAGAAAGGUGGGGUACCAAGUGACAGACCUGUGGACAAAGGAGGAUUUAGGAGUUGUAAAGCACAAACUUAAGGUCAAAGUUAAGCGCCAUGGUAUUUUCGUGGGGAAACUAGCAUUUGCCGGCGAUCCAAAUGUGAAGCCAAAGGUCAAAAAAUACCACGCAGAACCUGAUGAGCUUUAA